CCCGGGCAGGCGAGCGGAGCGCGGCGCUGCAGCAAGCUGGCCGCCUCGGUGGGCGUCAUGGAGGACGCGGAGAAGGGCGUCCGCCCCAAGCGCGACGGCUCCAAGAUCGGAGAGGGAUCUUUCACUGGCCUUGGCCUGUGCGGCUGGAUCCUGGUCAUAUUUUCAUUCCUCUUAGUCACUGUGACUUUCCCCUUAUCCGUCUGGCUGUGCAUAAAGAUCGUCAAGGAAUACGAGCGAGCCAUCAUCUUCCGGCUGGGGCGCAUCCUCAAAGGAGGUGCGAAGGGGCCCGGCCUCUUUUUCGUCCUGCCCUGCACAGAUACCAUUAUCAAAGUGGACAUGAGGACCAUCUCGUUCGACAUCCCGCCGCAAGAAAUUCUUACCAAAGAUUCAGUGACAGUUAAUGUGGACGGCGUGGUUUACUACCGAGUUCAAAACGCCACCCUUGCGGUCGCAAACAUCACCAAUGCCGACUCGGCCACUCGGCUCCUGGCUCAGACCACCCUGAGGAACGUUCUGGGAACCAAGAACCUCUCCCAGAUCCUCUCUGACCGAGAAGAGAUUGCGCACAGCAUGCAGGCCACGCUGGAUGAUGCCACAGACGAGUGGGGAAUAAAAGUGGAGCGCGUGGAGAUCAAAGACGUGAAAUUGCCCAUCCAACUCCAGAGGGCCAUGGCGGCGGAAGCCGAAGCCGCCCGCGAGGCGAGAGCAAAGGUCAUUGCAGCCGAGGGCGAAAUGAACGCUUCCAGGGCGCUGAAGGAAGCCUCCCUCGUCAUCACGGAGUCCCCGGCCGCGCUGCAGCUGCGCUACCUCCAGACCCUGACCACCAUCGCUGCCGAGAAGAACUCCACCAUCGUCUUCCCGCUGCCCAUUGACUUGCUGCAAGGCAUCAUGGGAGCAAAGCACUAAGGCCCGAGGCGCUGCUGAUGCAGGAAAGGAGGGCCCUCUGUUGGGGGCCAGACUGCUGAGAAGACCGAGGCGGUGUCUGAGAGGAGCGGCUCGUUUCUGCAUCACGUCUACGCUGAGUCUUGGAAUGGCCAGAAGCUCGCAUCCUUUUUGCUGUUCCUUGGAACAAAUUUUACAUCUCUGUUCUUUCUUACUCUCUGUCCUGUCCCCUUUCCUCUGGGGAUAUGGGUUUGGGGUGCCCAUAUCUCCCAGAAAAAAAGGAGAAAGUUAGAAAGCUUCUAAAAGCAAGAGGUUGCCUUUUUUAAAAAUGUUCUUCUCUCUUGCGAAACAGCUUCUCAUCAGAGAACCAAAAGUGGAAUUUUCCACGGCUGCCUUGUUGCAACAGAAGGGCUGGAAUGAAAACAGUGUAGUUAUGGAGACGAUCAGCUUGUAGCUACACUGUUCAGUUUAUUUUUUUCUUUUACAGGUGCAUUGUCUUGUGUGCAAACUAACACAAUGACUUUUCCAAGCACUUCUGCAAAAAGGCUUCUAUCUCUGCCUUUGAUUUCUGCAUUUGUUGUUAAAACUAAGUCAUGCCUUUAUAAUUAAAGAAACGCUUAUUUUUAGAUGUCUACCCAUAUUCUGGUUUUUUCGCUUUUUAUUAAAAAAAAUUGAUCAACAGAAAGUUGAAAAUUCCUGUUGCUAGAAAUCCAGUGGUGCCUUCCGAGUGUUAAUAAUGCUUAGUUUUGUGUUUUGUUUUUCCUCUUGAAGAUUCGGCAGAAUGUCUCGUUUAGAUCUGUGCCGUCAGCUGCAGAAUAAAUGUUCUCAGCCUUUUGCUCCAAGCCGCCUCGUUCAGCAUUCCAUUUCCCUCCAUGGCCAACCGGCUUCCCCAGUGGGAAGCCCAGUAGGAAGUCACCAGAGUGGCAGGACUCUCCCAUGUUCCCCAGCAACUGGUGUACAGAGGCAUCCUGCCUGACCCUGGAGGCAGCAUACACCCACCAAAACCAGUAGCCAGUGGCAGCCUUCUCUAGGAAUUUGCCCGAUCCCCCUUCAAAGCCAACCAAAUGGUUACUUGAAGGACUGCCUUUUCCGAUAUAUUCCUACCCAUCCAUUGAGAUCUGGGAAUGAGGUCCUUCUGAGAGAGCCAUCCCUAAACGAGAUGCCAUUUAGAAGGGCCUUCUCGGUGAUGGCCCCCAACCUUUGGAAUGGGCUUCUUAAAGAGGUCCGCCUGGCGCCAUCUCUACUUUCAUUUCCGCACUGGGCAAAGACCAUCCUCUUUCGCAGAUUCUACAAAACCUGAAUCUAAAAACGGAUUAUAAGUGCUCACUCCGCUCCAACAGAUCUCUUCCCCUGAACUUGUACUCUUUGCUGUAUAUUGCUAGCCACUUAGAGAGUCCUGUCAGGCGACUGAGUGACAUAUACAUUUGAAAAUACAUAAGUUAAAUAAAUAAAUAAAUGCUGGUCAACACGACAGGAAUCAGUUCUAUCACUGCGUGAAGAGGUUCAUCAUACUGAGUCUUGUGAGCUUUGUAUCUGCUCUGAUUUGGAAUAUGGGAUAAUUUGUACCAUACAGUGCUGAUGUGAACUGUAAACUAUUAUACGUAUUAGUUUUGUGUGCAUUAGUGUGCAUUAGAUAGCUGGGAGUGGAGCAGCUAGGAAAAAGGCAAGAGCCCUGCCGGGGGUGGGAAAAGGGCUGAUGCCUGAAACAUUGAUAUGUGUCCAGAAAGCAGUGUCCCUGUGUACUGUCCCAGCUGUGCGCUCCCGGGACCCCUCAGCCUUGCCUCGCCCGGUGCUCCCGUGCAAGAUUAAAGGAUAGGACUGACGGUCACCACCCGCUUUGAAAAAGAAAACUGUUAGAGGACCAUCCACCAAAAGUGCUUUUAAUGUUCCGUGUGAAAAUACUGUCUGUAGAUGGAUGACAGUUCUGAAAGAUGUCCUUGUUUACAUGCUUGCACUCAUAAUAAAUGCUCCCCCCCUUUUUUCCA